UACAUACCCAUUCGUCACCCCUCCAUUGCACAUCCCACAACAAACUGCGAAGUGAACGAAUAAAGGCUUCUUUUUGUCAUAUCAUCCCUAGAGGAGGCGGGUGGGAUUGGUUCAGAAUCCUCUCCUGCCCGGGCCGGAGCUGCAAGCCGAGAAAGGGCAUUCGACGACUUUCCUCAUACAACAACGGCUGCUGCAUCCCCAGGACGGAGGAGGAUAGCCCUCCGGUCGCCCCUGCGGCAGAGCUAUGCAGAAACACGCUGUUUUCACGGGCUAACAAAAGCGAAGUGCGCCGAUCCACCCCCCCCAGCAUCUCUCGCCCUUCGCCAGGCAUUUCGGGAUGCAGUGUGUUUGAUCAGUGCUAUGAAAUGAAUGUUAUUAUCUGGAACAUCCCUGCAAAUCAGUGUUAAUGGCUCAUAAGUGCAGACAAAGCUGAUAUUUCCUUAAAAGAAAGCAUCAUAGAGAUGCCUGAGGAGAAUACCAGUGGGAUGGAAGAGCCUGCUUUAAGGGAGAGCAAGGGUGAGACACAAAGCCCUCAGCGCAACUCCUUACGCAGAGCUGUAGCUACUGCAGUCACCUUUGAUGGAGAGGCAACUGCAGACAGACGGAAGAAGAGAAAGAAAGAAUCCCGUCCCGAAUCAAUAAUUGUAUAUCGGUCCGGAAAUGAGACCAAGGUGGAAGAAGAACAGGUGGAUGAGGAAGGGGGAGAGAAAAGUUCAGAGGAAGGCUCCAAGUUCUUGGGACACUCUAUAGGAGAUGGUUCUUGGACUAUGCCCUUAGAUAGCAGAUAUGUUACUUUAACUGGAACCAUCACAAGAGGAAAGAAGAAAGGCCAGAUGGUGGACAUUCAUGUUACACUAACUGACAGAGAGCUGCAGGAGCUAGCUAAGUCAAAGGAGCCCCCAAAAACUGAAAUUCCUGAAGGGAAAAAAGGUUGUGAAGUUGGGCCGGAUAAGGGCCCCCAUGUCCUUCUCUGGAGCUUUGCCUGUCUCCCUGUCAUUUUCAUUAUGUCCUUUGUAGUUUCCUUUUAUUAUGGGACCAUCACCUGGUACAAUGUCUUCUUGGUCUACAAUGAAGAGAGGACUUUCUGGCACAAGAUCACCUUCUGCCCCUUUCUAAUCAUCUUCUACCCCAUCAUAAUCAUGGUUGUUUCCUUUUCCUUGGGCCUCUACACAGCAGUGACUCAGAUCUCAUGGGCCUUUGGAGAUUGGUGGCAUGCCGUGAGAGAUAUGGAAAAAGGCUUCUGUGGAUGGAUCUGUAGCAAGAUGGGCCUGGAAGACUGUUCCCCAUACAGCAUUGUUGAACUCUUAGAUUCUGACAAUGUCUCAGGUAGUCUGUCGGCUAAAGGCUCAGCACAAGGUGAAGAGAUUUCAGCUGUUUGAGCCUUUGCUGUAAGAACUCUGGAUUUUUCAUGUUCGUAUGUAUUCCAAAUGUUCUUAGAGUGACUAACACAAGCAUGCUCAAAUGCGCAGUUACGGAAACUAUAAGCCCUUGAAGCUUAUUCAAACAAUCAGAGGGGGAAAAAAGAUGGCACAGUCCAGCCAGACUGUGGAGGGGGAAAGGAAUUUGAAAACUUCCCCCAUCAGAAAUUACUUGUGUUCAGAAGGCUGGCAUGUAUAAGAGCAGAAUUCUAACCUAGUUAUAUUCAUGAUUUACUAGUUUUCAACAUGCAAGGGGGAAAGGGUUGAUACAGAAGAGUAUUCAGCUUUCUCUGGAUGUUUGACCUAGCUUAGGGCCAAUUUAUACCACUUUUGGUGGUAGGUAGGAGUGCUGCAUAUCGGAAUGUACUCCCACAGAAUAUCCCUCUGCCUGUAUAAAAAUAGUAUGUAACU